AGUCUGUCCUAGUCAUUUGGGUGGACCUGGAGCAGCGGGAAUUUCCCCAGCCUGGGGCUCUGGCUCUUCCAGCCCUCAUGCAUAAAAGGGGCUCGCAGGGCCUUGGAGCCCACAGCACUUCGCACCAGCUCCCGCGCUCCAGACUCUAGCCACACUCAAGCCCAGCGCCAUGGCCCCUCCCACCUGCCGGCUCCUCAGUGCUGCUCUGGUCCUGCUGCUGCUGCUGGCCACCAACCACCAGGCUACAGGGGCUGUUGUGGCCAGUGAGCUGCGCUGUCAAUGCCUGAAGACCCUACCAAGGGUUGAUUUUGACACCAUCCAGAGCUUGAAGGUGACACCUCCGGGACCCCACUGCACCCAGACAGAAGUCAUAGCCACUCUCAAGGAUGGUCAAGAAGUUUGCCUCAACCCCCAAGGCCCCAGGCUUCAGAAAAUCAUCGAGAAGAUACUGAAGAGUGGCAAGUCCAGCUGAGCCAGGAAAGGAGGAAAUCCUCCCGGUGAUGAAGGACCUGCCUUCUAAAGAAGAGAAAAAAUGAUCCAUCCCAAUGCUGUCUGGAUGUGCCUUCACCUGCUUGUUUUGAACAACUCCUGAGAGUUCAGAUCUAUUUAUUUUCCCCAAAUUCUAUGUUAAUAUUUUAUAUGUAAAAUAACUAAGAGUAUAAUUGAAUCUACUAGCAAGAUGCCAUCUUAUUUAAUGUUUAUUUAAUAUCAAGUCUAAGUUUAACCAAUCUGUAUUCUUAUUCUGAAGGUUAAAGGUUUUCAGAUUCUGUCAGGGAAUUCUAUUACAAUUUCUGAGGCAGUUUUCCCUGGCUGACCAUUUUGGUGGCAGCUGGGGUAGUCAGGAAACAGACAAACAAGGUCAUGCUGGUGUAGGAAGAGUGCAUGUGCACAUCUAGUUUUGUAACUAUGCAAGAUUAUCUGUUGUUAUUUAUUGAACUAGUUUGACAGUGUUACAUGAUCAUCUUUGUGUUGAAGCUUUAAGAAUUAUAAUGUAUUAUGUAAUACUUAGACAUUUUAAGUGAUGUUUGUAUAAGGCGCAAUGACUAUUUAAUGCCUCUAUGUCUUAGAAUGGAGAAGUUUAAAUAUUUAUUGGUAUUUUUACAAAUAAUUUAAAAAUAAAAUAUUUUAAAA